UGUUCUGUUGAAAUGCCAUUACCGACCAUUAAAACAACUGGGACUGAAAAUUUACCGAAGUGGGGACAACGACAAACACGACCCAAAGGUGGAUUUAAUUGCACGAGAAAUGUCAACAUUUGGAAAUGGGAUUACGCAAGGAUUGCAUUGAUGUGUACUGCAUUUCCCUCCGGUUUAGCCGUGGCUAGCUACCUCUCAAGCUAGCCGAAUCGGAACAAUCGGUAGCUAGCCAGCCAGCUAUCCAACAUAGUUAGCUAGCUAACUACAGUAACUCUAUAGACUUAGGUUAUAUGUAGUAGGACUAGGACGGUGCACGUUUCAUCGCUAAAAAUACUGAAAACGAAUGUUGUUUCUGUCAUGAGUCCAGCCGGGUGCCCCCAUGUGAACGGUUUCAAAGUGGAUAACUGGAAACAGAAUCUACGGGUCAUUUACCAAUGCUUUGUGUGGAGUGGAUCUGCCGAAACCAGGAAACGCAAGGCCAAGUCGUGUAUCUGUCACAUGUGCGGCACCCACCUGAACCGGCUCCACUCCUGCCUGUCCUGUGUCUUCUUUGGCUGCUUCACCAAGAAACACAUCCACGAGCACGCCAAAAACAAACGACACAAUCUAGCUAUAGAUCUAUUGUACGGCGGGAUAUACUGCUUUGUGUGCCAAGACUACAUAUAUGACAAAGACAUGGAACAGAUUGCCAAAGAGGAACAAAGGAAAGUGUGGAAGUUGCAAGGUGUAGGGGAGAAGUAUUCGACGUGGGAGCCCACCAAGCGAGAGCUGGAGCUGCUGCGGCACAAUCCAAAGCGCCGGAGAAUAACGUCAAACUGCACCAUCGGUCUUCGAGGUCUGAUCAAUCUGGGCAACACGUGUUUUAUGAACUGCAUCGUCCAGGCCCUCACCCACACACCCCUGCUGCGGGACUUCUUCCUGUCCGACAGACACAAGUGUGAGAUGCAGUCCAACUCCUGUCUGGUGUGUGAGAUGUCACAGCUCUUUCAGGAGUUCUACUCGGGCCACCGUUCGCCCCACAUUCCCUUCCGGCUGCUGCACCUGGUGUGGACUCACGCGCGCCACCUAGCAGGCUACGAGCAGCAGGAUGCCCACGAGUUCCUCAUCGCUGCCCUGGAUGUGCUGCACCGCCACUGCAAAGGAGAUGGUAACGGGAAGAAGGCUAACAACCCCAAUAACUGCAACUGCAUCAUCGACCAAAUCUUCACUGGAGGCCUGCAGUCUGACGUGACAUGUCAAGUCUGCCAUGGUGUUUCCACGACGAUAGACCCGUUCUGGGAUAUCAGUCUGGACCUGCCGGGGUCGUCCACACCCUUCUGGCCCCUCAGCCCCGGGGGGGACGGCAGCACACUCAACGGAGAGAGCCACCUCUCAGGGGCCACCACGCUCACAGACUGUCUACGCAGAUUUACCCGACCAGAGCACUUGGGGAGCAGCGCCAAGAUCAAAUGUAGCGGUUGCCAUAGUUACCAGGAGUCCACCAAACAGCUGACCAUGAAGAAGCUCCCCAUUGUGGCGUGUUUCCACCUCAAACGGUUUGAACACUCGGCGAAGCUGCGGAGGAAGAUCCCUACGUACGUCUCCUUCCCCUUAGAGCUGGACAUGACUCCCUUCAUGGCCUCCAGUAAAGAGAGUAGGAUGAACGGACAGUACCAGCAUUCAGUAGACGUGUUCAACAACGACAAUAAGUAUUCUCUGUUUGCGGUGGUCAACCACCAGGGUACUCUGGAAAGCGGUCACUACACCACGUUCAUCCGGCAGCACAAGGACCAGUGGUUCAAGUGUGACGACGCCGUCAUCACCAAGGCCAGCAUCAAGGACGUGUUAGACAGUGAAGGGUACCUCUUGUUCUACCAUAAACAGUUUCUGGAGUACGAAUAGUCACCUUCCUUCAGCACUGAUGUCAACAGCCACCAAGAGUCUUGCAACAACAAGAUGGCAACCUGAAACUUUACAUCAGUGAAGAUUUGAAGCUGGGGGAAUGGAGGGAAAAGAAAAUGAAGCAUGCAUCCUUUCUGAAUAAAGGACACUCAAAAACGAAUCUGCACUGAAGCUACUAGGAUCUACUUGAUAAGGAGGAAGAGAGUGGGGUGGGGGAAGGGAGAUUGCAGGAUGGAGAGUGAAAGGAGGAGUGUGACUAUGGAGGCUUUGUUGGAAGAGAAGGCGCUUCCUUCACUUUCGCUCUCUCUAUCGCCCUUUUUCUCUCUUGUUCCAGACAGACAGACAGGCAGAUGGAGGGACAGACUGAUCGUGGGCACAUCUCAUCAAAACUGUCAACUUCACAUUCAGUUAUUUUAUCAUUUCUGAAUUCCAUAAUUCCACCCACACACACACACCCAUCUACAAGUGACCAAGCAUUUUCAAAGGAGGAAAUACAUUUGGUUGUCUAAUUUCAUUAUGCAUUAUUAUUGCGCGGACUGCAAAACAAGCUGACAAAUGGUAUUUCGAAUAUUGCAAAGACAAAGUGAUUACUAUAAUUGUUGUUUGUGACUUUUUCGUUUUGAAAAUACUGUAUGAUUAAUCUAGAAGACAUCUGACUGAGUUGAAGAAGUGGAGUGUGGUUCUGUGAAAAAGCUAUCCUCUUUUCUUUUUUCUUUUUUUUUACUUUUCGCGAGGGCAGAGAAAAUACAUAAGUAUAUUUUUAUAAUGAAUAUGAGUCCUUGUUUAUAGUUCCCCAUCCUCCCCUCUCCCUCGAACAACCCGUCCUUGUUAUGUUGUGCAGUCAGUCAUGUCUUUUUCAAAAAGAGAAAAAAAAGUUAUGCUUCAUCUCAUGAGACUGCUGUUGUGGAGCUUGUUUCACAUUUGUUUGUUACUUGUGCUGAUGGCAUAAUUCUUGUGUUGCUGACAUAUGGUUGUGAAUUUGUUUCAGGUGAUGCGUUUUUGUGAAGAAGAAGAAAAAGACUAGCACUAUUCUUACCAAGUGUGUAUCCUGCCGGAGACAGUGACUCGAUCUGACACUAGUAAACCUUGUCCACAUGUUGCUCUAAUUCCAUGUAUGCACACACGUUGUGCAUAUGUUUGUGUACUGAAUCAGUACUUCCAUUCAGCAUGCUGUCUACGAUGGAUAUAAAGUCGGUGUCGGAUGAGUUUUUUUUCACAUUAUUAUAUAUGUUAAAGUAUGUAUGUAUGCUAAAAAAAGAAACCAAGGUAUAAAUUGAGUUACGUUAUCGGCCAAGGAUCAAUAUGUUCUAGUCAAGACUACAUCCCCAACACUUUAUUUGCUGCAAGAACUGGACACUGAUGGUGAGACCCAAAAUAAAAAUCUAUAUCUAUACUCUC